AUCUCCAUAGUAUCCAACCGAUGGUUGUGAACAAUUGACUUGUAGGUUAUGUACUCAGCUUCAAUUUUCGUUAACUAAACAAAAAGCAAAUUAAAGGAAGUAUGUGCGAUUGUGUAUACUCUGUACAUAUACUGUUGCACAUUGAUAUAUUGCAAUCUAUAAGAUAAAAUAAAAUAGACGUAAUUUAAAGAUAAUAGAUACACAUAAAAUCAAACAUGUCAGAAGAAAAGGCCGAAAGUCCAAUCGAUAAAGUAGAUGGAACACAAAUUGAAUCUAUUGACGAUAAGAUAAAAACAAAGCACGAUGAUAAAAGUAAACAAAAACAUAAACCAGAAGAAAACACUGAGAAACCUAAUGGCCGAACAAAUAAUAAUGAAGCUGGAAAUUGUUAUUGUGGAAAGGAAAGAAAUCUUAAUAUUAUAGAACUAUUAUGUGCUAGCUGUUCAAGAUGGUAUCAUGAAUCUUGCAUUGGUUAUCAACUGGGUAAAUUAGUACCUUUUAUGAUGAAUUAUAUAUUUAUGUGCAAGAAUUGUUCUCCAACUGGUUUAGAAAGUUUCAAAAAGAAUCAAGCACCAUUUCCACAAAUGUGUGUGACAGCAAUAGCAAAUUUACUACAAAUGUCUCAAAAAGAAAAUGAACAAAGAACGUUUUUUCAUAAAGAUAAAGAUAUAAUUCCUUUUAUUGAAUGUCAUUGGGAUAGUAUGACUACAAUGCCACGCAGAGUAACCCAAUCUUGGCAUGCAACAAUACACAGAGCACUAUUGAAAGAUGUUGGAACAUUAUUCACUAUUGAUGAAAAUAGUUCAGAUGGACAGUUAUUUGGACUUAUAUGUUCUGACCUUCAAAUGAUUAAACCAAAUUAUGAAGCAAUGAUUAAAGGUGGUCAUUUAAAAGUAACUGAAAUGGGUGUUCAGCAUGUUGUACCACUUAGUGGUGGUUUUCGUGGACGCAAUGCGAAACGUAAGUUUCCGGGAGAAGGGGCAGGUACAGGACCUGGCAAAAAGGGUAGAGGUUCUGAUAUGACAGCUCCUAAAUUACCUGCUCAUGGAUAUCCUCUUGAACAUCCUUUCAAUAAAGAUGGCUAUCGAUAUAUUCUUGCUGAACCUGAUCCUCAUGCACCUUUCAGACAGGAAUUUGAUGAAAGCAGUGAUUGGGCUGGAAAACCUAUUCCUGGCUGGCUAUAUAGAGCAUUAAGUCCAAGUACUGUUUUACUUGCUUUACAUGAUCGAGCACCACAGCUUAAAGUUUCAGAAGACAGACUAGCAGUAACUGGAGAAAAAGGCUAUUGCAUGGUCAGAGCAACUCAUAAUGUAUGUAGAGGUACAUGGUACUGGGAAGCAACUAUUGAAGAAAUGCCAGAAGGAUCAGCUACAAGACUAGGAUGGGGUCAGGAAUAUGCCAAUUUACAAGCUCCACUUGGUUAUGAUAAAUUUGGAUAUUCUUGGAGAUCCAGAAAGGGUACACGCUUCCAUGAAAGUAGAGGUAAACAUUAUAGUAAUAGUUAUGGAGAAGGAGAUACAUUAGGAUUCUUAAUAAUUUUACCUGAUGCACACGAUGCUUCACAUUUACCAAACACUUAUAAAGAUCGGCCCCUAGUAAAAUUCAAAAGUCAUCUAUAUUACGAGGAAAAAGAUCAAGUACCUGAAGCGCUUAAGGCCCUGAAACCACUACAAGGAAGUAGAAUUAUAUUUUACAAAAACGGAGUAAAUCAAGGUGAAGCAUUCAUUGAUAUUAAUAAAGGAGCUUAUUAUCCCACAGUUUCUAUCCAUAAAAGUGCUACAAUUUCUGUUAAUUUUGGACCUAAUUUUAAAUGUCCUCCUACUGAUAUUAUAUUUAGAGGGAUGCAUGACAGAGCAGAAGAAACAAUAGCAGAACAAUCCAUGGCUGAUAUUCUCUAUUUCACUGAAAAUGAGGGAAAAUUAAGACUAGAUACUUUUGCUUUAUGACAUUAAUGUAUCUUUUUAUUUUUUUUUUUAAUUACCUUUAGUUCUGAUUGAGUGUUAUCAGUAAUUACAUUAAUAUGAAUUUUAAAGUU